AAUUGGAGCUUUAUUAAUUCAACCAAAAACUCAACGUUAAAGUACGGUAUGCAAGAAGGCUAACUCGAUCCUUUAAUCGGAAGCCACCUCAAUCUCCUCAGUAAUGGCUCGGUCCUCGAUCACCCACUCAACUCAGUCUCCUUCAUGGUUCACUCCCAGAAGGUUGCUUAUGAUGUUUUGCGUGAUAAAUAUGUUAAAUUAUGUGGAUCGCGGAGCAAUAGCAAGCAAUGGAGUUAAUGGGAGUAUUAGGACUUGUGAUGAUAAGGGAAUUUGCAAUUCCGGUAGUGGAAUUCAGGGGGAUUUUAACUUGAACAAUUUCCAAGAUGGUGUUCUAUCAUCUGCCUUUAUGGUUGGACUUCUUGUAGCUUCUCCAAUAUUUGCUUCUCUGGCUAAGAGCCAUAAUCCUUUUAGGCUAAUUGGAGUUGGAUUAUCUGUUUGGACAUUUGCAACAGCUGGGUGUGGUAGUUCGUUUGAUUUUUGGUCAAUUGCAAUAUGCCGCAUGCUGGUUGGUGUUGGUGAGGCUUCUUUCAUAAGUCUUGCGGCUCCAUUUAUAGAUGACAAUGCUCCUGUUGCUCAGAAAACAGCCUGGCUUGCGACAUUUUACAUGUGCAUACCAACUGGAGUGGCAUUGGGUUAUGUUUAUGGUGGAUUUGUUGGAAACCAUUUUAACUGGCGCUUUGCAUUUUGGGGAGAAGCAUUUCUGAUGCUUCCAUUUGCUGUUCUAGGAUUCGUCAUGAAACCUUUGCCACUCAAAGGUUUUGCUUUUACUGAAUCAAAGGAGGCAUUGACAUCAAUAGAAGCACUUGCUUCUAUACCUGAAGAGGAUGACAAUGAAGGUAUUGGUAGCAACGCAUCUGUUAAAGGUUCAAACAGGUUGAAGGGUAAAACUACAAUUUUACAGCAGUUAUCACGAAUUUCAAGGGAUAUGAAAGUGCUUUUGCUUGACAGAGUUUAUGUUGUAAAUGUUCUAGGUUAUAUAUCGUACAACUUUGUCAUUGGAGCAUACUCAUACUGGGGACCAAAAGCGGGUUAUAAUAUUUAUCAUAUGAGUAAUGCAGACAUGAUGUUUGGAGGGAUUACAAUUGUUUGUGGAAUUUUGGGCACCUUAGCUGGAGGCAUUAUACUUGAUCGCAUGAAUGCUACAAUCUCUAAUGCUUUUAAGCUUUUAUCUGUAGCAACAUUUCUGGGUGCCAUCUUUUGCUUCAGUGCAUUCUGUCUAAGGAGCUUGUUUGGUUUUAUAGUCCUUUUUUCUGUAGGUGAACUACUCGUCUUUGCCACUCAGGCUCCAGUUAAUUUUGUGUGCCUGCAUUGUGUCAAACCUGGUUUGAGACCCUUGUCUAUUGCUAUGUCAACUGUAUCAAUCCACAUAUUUGGUGAUGUACCUUCUUCACCACUCGUUGGGGUUCUACAGGAUCACAUCAACAAUUGGAGGGGAACAGCACUCAUUCUAACAGCUGUGCUGUUUCUUGCAGCUGCAAUAUGGUUUAUAGGGGUUUUUCUGAAUAGUGCGGACAUGUUUGAUGAGGAUGGAGAAAAUCAUAUCUCCGCUGACACGAAAGCAAGCAUGGAGCCAUUGCUUGAAGACAGGACUGAGAUGUCGGAUAACUUCAAUGAAGCAUAAAAAUGGCAGAAUCCUUGCUACAGUUUCAGUUACAGCUUCAGGUUGAUAUUGUUUACAAAACAUGCCUGUUUCAUCCCACGUGCAGCGAGCGAAAGUUAUUGUAUACUAUUCUCUACAAUUAUGUGCAUAUUGUAAGAAAUAAAGACAGUUGAUUGUUUGUACAUAGUGAAAGGAAUUCCAAAAGAAUCGAAUAGCCAAUUCAGUUGUUAAUCAUACUAAAUACUGAUUUCUGAGUUC